AUGGCGUUAUUAGAAGUAACUCCACACUUAAACAACUGGAUUUCAGCUAAUCAAGGGGACGCUCCAUGGUUUGAAGAGGUGGAAUUUGGAAAGGAUUAUGCUAGCCAUAUCAACAAGGAUGAGGGACCUGUCUAUGAACUACACAGAUUUAUAUGGGUAAAACCAAGCUCACCUUACAUCAAAAUUAACAGUGAUGCAUCCAUCUCUACCAGAGGUGUUGGCUGUGGGUACAUUAUGCGCGACGAAGAAGGUUGCGUUAUUUUUGGCGAAGCAGUUAACUAUAAUGAAUUGAAAACGGUGGUAGAAGCAGAACUUGUUGCAAUUUAUUUGGCAUGCUUGAAAGCCCAAGAUUUUGGCAUUAAAUUUGUGUGGUUGGAAUCUGAUUCACUUGUAGCCGUGAAUUUAAUUAACAAUGUACAUGGAACAACACCAGGGGAGUACAAAAGUAUUUUGAAUCAGAUUUAUAUUGUUUUAGCAUCUUUUGAAGGAUGGACUGUCACUCAUGUAUGGAGAGAAGCAAAUGGAGUUGCAGAUACUUUGGCGAAAAUGGGAGGCGCAGGGAAUGAAUUUAUUUUCACAACUGAUGAUGUGCCUGCUAAUAUCUUAAGCCUUGUUGUUGAUGAUGCAUCAGGGAAAUUGUAUACUAGAGUUAAAACUCAGAGAAAGUUACCAAAACAUCAUGUUUAUUGA